CGUGUCAUGUUGAUUAAUUCACCUUCACAUUUCAUUACCGAGCUUAAAAUUCACCAUCUUUAUUAACUUAUCAGUAGUUAGGGGGUUGGGAAGCCGCGAAAUGUAUUGGAGACAAAAAUGGGCUCAAUUUUGAUAAAUGAUUGGAAAAAAAACGGAGCCAUACCGGUUGGGUUGUGAAAUAUUUUAGCAGAUUAACGUUGUAUUUGUUAACUUAGUUUACCGAGAAUCAGCCUUUCUAGUGAUAGCAGAGCAUAAGGCGCAGCAGGAGAUGAAUGUACAAGAUGAUAAAACUUUAUUUUCAUUUGUCGGGCUUCGUAACAACAAAAAUCCAAAGUGGCAACAGUAAGUCACAGUAAGCAUUGCUCGAUUCGCUUUUAGUAAUCUUUGUUUUUUCCUUGUGCUUUGUUCUUCUUGUCGUUUUCUUUCCUUACUUUUUUUGGCUUUUAUAGUAAGGAAAUCUAAUGAUGACCACUUGAAAGCCAAGCAUUAUUUUGUUUCGCCUGCUUUUUCAAUGUGAUGUAAUUUGUAAGCUGUUGAAUUGACGAUAAAAUUGUAAUAGUAAAAACAAAUAAACAAACAAUAAACUUGAGAUCAAUUAUCAAAAGUUGUACUGUUGUUUCAACGCUCCUAAAAUAUAGUGAUAUACCUGUGCAGCGUACGAUGGUUUUAAACACGUUUGUAAUACAGAUUCCGUUACAUGUACUGAUAAUGGAAUCAAAACAAAUCAAAAUUCAAUAACACUUGCUGAACAUGCAAAUAUACCAGACAACGUCCCUUACAGUAAAACCUGCUUGAGAUGAUAACUAGAUCAAGAACUCAAUCUCUCUCUUAAGAUAUCUGCAGUAAAUAUUAGAUCCGCAUAAAAUCCCGAAGGAGUGAAGCAAAGUUCCUAUGGAUGAUUAUCACUUUUCCUGCUGCUGGAUACAAUGUUUAAAUCAUACACUUCUCAGUCAUUCGUUUAGAAAGCAAAGGAAGCACAAGAAGAUAUUGUCAAGUUCCCUGUAGAUUGUAGACAGUUGUUUCAACUUCUAAAAGUAGAAUCAAUGUUUCUUACCCAUAUACUGCUACCUUACUUUCAUCUCGUGUCACCUUUGAUACACCCCAGUCAGUUGAUAUUCAAGCCCGUGUUUCUGAAAAUUAAACGGAGCGAUUUCUGUCAAGAUACAUGUAAUUAUGUUAUAAGAUUCAUGCCACAUUUAUUUGAGUCUUUUACUUAUGUUGUUUACUUCACUCGUAUUUGUCUCGAAAAUCUCCUGUUUACGUUUUUGCUUAUUACAGUUCAUGGCGCUAAAAUAAUUACAUGAAAACACGCUAAAUCCCUAAAAUUCCUCUCAUAGAGACUUUAAAAAAAUUCCAUCAAGACACUGUCAGGUCGUAAAUCCCAAAGUCGUAUUUCCAAAGUUUCACCUUAAGGAUGAAUUAUUCAGUUAUUCAGUAUUCAGAUAAAAUGAGGCAUGACGUCAGUGCAUUGCCAUAGUAACUCAGAUCUUAUAAAACUUACUUCUCUUUUCUCUAGUUCACCUGUAACAUCUGAUUUUCUGUUGCAUUGACUGCGGUUGUGUUCUUAAGUGUAGCUAGUCGCUCAAAGUUGAACAGUAUUCUUACUCAAAAAUCGGAUCGAACCCCCUUAAUUUUAUUCAUUUUAAUACAUUAAUUUAUUUUAUGGUCAGCAAUGUCACUAAACUGGUACAGCGGCUUCCCCUACAAUACAACAAGGCCUGGCUACUAAGGAAAUCAAAUAUGGCGGACGAAUUGUGCUUGUUUCGAUUUGUGACAAUUUUUAUUCUGUCUUGGCCACACUCCUUCGCCUUAACAUUUGUUGCUGGAGAGAACUGGCAACACUACUGCGUCUCUCUACAAGAUAAUUCUGUUUGUACCAUAGAAAGUUUUUUAGAGCUAGCCCAAAGGGUUUGCCGAAGCACGGACUUAUUGGAAUUCAAUGACUGGAGUUUCACGGACAAAAGCCUGCUGUUACAGGUCUUUCCUGUUGAUAAAGAAACAAGAAACUAUGUUCGACAAGUACCUGGUGUGGUGUUUUCAAGCGUUCGUCCUGUUCCACUUAACCAUAAACCUCACUUGGUGGCAAUGUCUAGUGAAGUUAUAACAGAUAUUCUGGAUUUGAAGGCAGCUUCUGUUUUAGAAUCACUAACGUUCGUAGAAUUUGUUGCUGGAAAUAAAAUAUUGCCAAAUGCGAUAUUAUUAUCACAUAGGUACGGUGGACAUCAGUUUGGUGACUGGGCUGGUCAGCUGGGAGAUGGACGGGCAGUAAUGCUGGGCGAGUAUAUCAACAGGAAAGGAGACAGAUGGGAACUGCAGUUGAAGGGAUCUGGCAAAACUCCUUAUUCACGACAUGGGGAUGGCCGAGCAGUCUUGAGGUCCUCUGUGCGAGAAUUCCUAGCCAGUGAAGCCAUGUUUCAUUUAGGCAUACCGACAAGUAGAGCAGCUAGUCUGGUUGUAAGUAACGAUCGUGUCUGGAGAGACCAAUUCUAUGAUGGACACCCUAUGCAAGAAAAAGCUGCAGUUGUUCUACGAUUAGCAAAAUCAUGGUUUAGGAUUGGCUCUCUUGAAAUCCUAGCACGUGAUGGAGAACAAAGCCUUCUAAGAAAAGUGGUGGAUUUUGUUAUUGAGCGGUAUUUUCAGGAUUUAGCAAAAAAUGCGAAGAAGUACCUGGCGUUUUUCUCUAGAGUGGUCUUAAUGACCUCGGAGUUGAUCUCCAAGUGGCAGUCUGUUGGAUUUACUCAUGGUGUUUGUAACACAGAUAAUUUCAGCCUCUUGUCGAUCACAAUAGACUAUGGCCCUUUUGGAUUCAUGGACGACUAUGAUCCAGACUAUGUGUCAAACACAUCUGAUGAGGAAGGGAGAUACAGUUACAAAAAUCAGCCUAAUGUUGGCUUUUUUAACUUGGAAAAAUUGCUGCAAGCCUUGAGGCCAUUACUCGAGGAUUAUAGCGAAGGAGAGAAAAUCCUGUUAAAUUACGUGGAUGUGUUUAAUGGAAGGUUGUUCGAUAUUUUUCGUAACAAGCUUGGUUUACUGAAUAAACAGAAAGACGAUGAAAUGCUUAUUAACUCUCUACUUUGGAUCAUGUCAGUUACUCGUUCAGAUUUUACUAUGUCAUUCCGCGAGCUAAGUGAAAUCUCCUUACAUGAUAUAGUCGCACACCGCUUGUCUAAUGGAUCGUGGGCGCUAAAGAAAUUACAGACUCACGAAAACUGGGGAGACUGGGUAGCACAAUACGCUGACAGAAUUCACUGGAAUGGUGAUGGUGAUACGGACCAGGCAAGAAAACAACGAAUGCAAGAAGUGAAUCCUCGUUAUGUAUUACGUAACUGGAUGGCUCAAUCAGCGAUACAAAAGGCAGAAAGGAACGAUUUUUCAGAGGUUCGGCAGUUACUUGAAAUCCUGAAACUACCAUUUACUAAACAAGAGGUUGCUGAAGAUCUUGGGUACUCGUCGCAGCCCCCGCCCUGGGCCUCUCAACUGCGGGUGAGCUGCUCUUCAUAAAAAACUUUUCAACAAAGACAGACCACACACCUUAGAACAUUUCCACUGGAAAAUAGCAGAGGUUUCAAUAAUGUUUGACAGAGCUACAAUUUGUAAAUAAAAUACGACCGUAAUAAAACGCUAUUAUUGCAGUUGAAACGUACUUUCUUGGUCUUUCUUGGUACUUUGCCCUUAUGUGAAAUUAAACUACAGUUUCGCCGGGUUGAUGGCAGAUCGAUCCGUCGUUAUUUUCGAGAAGUUAUUUCUUUCGAAAAAACUUCUCUUGAGUUAUUCGCUGGAUUUAAGUGGACCCUUGAAUCAGUUGAAGAAAUUGAUUGUUACAAAUUUUAACUGUGUCACUGCUUGGAUGAUAAACAUCUUGGGGGAAGUGCAGGUUCCUUGUCAAUCCUCUCCAUUCUUAACCAUCCUCGUUCCUUUAUAUGUGGUUUAUUAAUAUCAUCGUGGUGUUUUUCUAUCUCAGUGAACUAAUAUUUUCAAGUUUUCGUCAAUUUGAAGGUAAUUUUGUACGUGGCCAAAAUAACUCAAAAUGCCGUGACUGAGCUGCCUUAGCACUUGAGAUCAGGACUCGCCACAUGUAAAGGAAAGUUAUAACCCAGAAACACCGGUCCCUCCUUGUCCUUUUAAGCUCUAACCCUCAUGAGUGGUCUACUGUGUUGCUCGAAAUAACAAGAAUACCCAACGUCAAAUGCCAUCGAAAAAGCAGAUUUGUGACACGACGUUUUGGCGGGGUCCCUUUGUGGAAUCAUGCCCUAAUCACUUGAGACACUAAAAGGUCGUUUGUCCUGAUAUCAGACACGUACCUUGUCCAAUAUUGUUCCCUUUGUUUAUCUUCAUACAAAGCUUGGCAUGAUUUUGGUAUAAGAUAUAGUGUGACUUCAUAUGUCUUGGAAACACGUAUUUGGCAACUCGUGA